AUGGAUUCCAAGAUUCCACAGAGCAGACAAUCGUCAAUCGUUGUUGCAGUACGGGUCAGGCCGUUCACGGAACACGAGCAAGCUCGUUUGAUUAAUGAACACACAGCAUUCGGAAAUUUACAUCUGGGAGAUGCGAACCUGCGGCUUCCUGGAAUGGAAAGUUCGACGCCUACGAAGGGAGUUCCGCACAGAUUCAAGCCUCAGGGACUGCGGCAAACCGUAGACUGUGUUGACGACAAAAUGCUGAUUUUCGAUCCGGCAGAAAACAACCCUUUAAGACGAAUCAGCGAAACGGUUCUGAAUUCCCUUUCAACACCUUCAUCAAGUCAUGGCUCUCGGUCCUCGAGACGCAGCGGAGAGCAAAAAUUUGUGUUCGACCGGGUUUUCAACAUGGAGUCCUCGCAACUCGAAGUUUACGAGGCAACCACUCGCCCUUUAUUAGACUCUGUCCUGGAUGGGUUCAAUGGUACCGUAUUUGCAUAUGGAGCAACUGGCUGUGGGAAAACCUAUACUGUCAGUGGGCCUCCUGAAAAUCCAGGUAUCAUUUUCCUCACAAUGCAAGAGCUGUUUACGAAGAUGGAUGAGAUGCGUGAUACAAAGAAGUUUGAUUUAACAGCCUCAUACCUAGAAAUUUACAAUGAGACUAUAAGAGAUCUACUGGUGCCUGAAACGUCGAGUAAGAAACUCGUGUUGCGGGAAGACGCACUCCGGCACAUAUCCGUGGCUAAUUUAUCUCACCACUCAUUGAAAACUGUUGAGGAUGUUAUGGAUCUAGUUAUUAGAGGGAACAACAACAGGACGACUUCUGCGACGGACGCAAAUGAAACUUCUUCCAGGUCCCAUGCAGUCCUUCAAGUCCACAUAAAGCAAAUGAACAGAACCGCUGAGCUCACCGAAGAACAAAAAUUUGCGACGCUGUCGUUAAUAGAUCUGGCUGGUAGUGAAAGGGCGUCUGCUACUAAAAACAGAGGCGAACGUUUACACGAAGGUGCUAAUAUUAAUAGGUCACUACUAGCUCUUGGAAAUUGCAUAAACGCCUUGUGCGUGAACGGGAAAAAGGGAGCGACAUGCCAUGUACCAUACCGAGACUCAAAACUGACCAGACUGCUCAAAUUCUCACUUGGGGGUAACUGCAAGACCGUCAUGAUCGUUUGCGUCUCUCCAGGCAGCAAUCAUUACGACGAAACACUAAAUACCCUAAAGUACGCUUCAAGAGCGAAAGAAAUCAAAACUAAGGUCAUUAGAAAUCAGCAUUCCCUGGACCGUCACGUUGGAUCAUAUCUCAAGAUGAUCACUGAACAAAAACAAGAAAUAGAAGAACUGAGGAGCAGAGAACGUAAAAUGAUUGACUUGGAAAUCAGCAAGUACAAGAUAACGCGUGAAAGAAUACACAUGGCUUCGUGGGAUAGUGUUCAAGCGCUACGCCACAAUUACAAGAACUCCGAAAAAUUUCAGCAUCUCAAAAUGAUUAAGUCAUUAAUCCUGUGUAAAAGGCGGUUUUUGCAAAUGGUAGCUGUUGAACUUGCUGUUUUGUUGAAGUUAAUCGCUCCGAACAUGGAGCUCUAUAGCGAUUGUUUGGCUAUUCAUGAGCAAUUAGUGGAAAAAGUGAGGAAUUUGGAGCAGAGUUUUGACACGCCUGAUGAGCUGGAUUCAUCUUUGGAGCAUACGCGAGAAAUUGAUUUGAUCAAGUUGCAAGAAAUGGAAAAUUGGUGCGAAGAAACCGAUUUGGUUUGGUAUGAGUCCCUUCUGAGCUGGGUAUCGGAAAGUGUCCGUAACGAGGUUCUUGUUUACUCUUCAGUGAUGAUGGAGAAGCUGAUGGAAGAUGCGACCUUGGUGAAAAGGCUGAAAUUUGUAUCGCAGACUUUGCUGCGCGCCACCAGAGACAGAGAAAACGGGGACGAACUCCAGGAUAUAAAUGUACUGGAGCAACUUCAUCAAGAAAUCCGGGGUCUUGUACAUAUAGACGAAGAGUUCGAUACGUUUGCCGCCAACAUACACAACAAUUUGAAUUCAACGGCUAACACAUCUGUUCCUGGCUCUGAUUCGACACAAAACUGGAAUCUGCGAAGAGCUACGUCUACUUUGCCGUAUAGGAGACACGCGAAUGCUAAGAUCGUAAAAUCCAACAGUGGCACUCCGUCUCCCAUACAACGUUCUCGCAUACUAAACAAUACAAAGGCUGCCAAAAAAGUGAGGUGGUCCGAGCUGGUGCCGGGAAACGAUUCAACUUCAAUGAUGUUAGACGACGACAAUCAAAACCCGCGUAGCGCAAUGAUUUGGCCUUCCUACGAAGAGGACAUUAGCAUGCAGGACGCUCCUGAUCCAAACCCAUCACAGCACAACGAAAAGGUUUUUCGACCAGACGUAAGGGACAGUUCAACGGGUCGCAAGAUGUCUUUGACAUCCACUGCGUUGGUCAGAGGUAAGUGA